AUGGAGGCGCGGGACGGCGGCCUGCCGCAGAAGCUGCGGGAGAAGAUGGAGCUGCUGAGGCAGGGCGGCCCGCGGCGGGGCCCGGCGGGCGGCGGUACCGGCUCCGGCUCCAGCUGCUGGUGCUGGUGGCGGCUCUUCCGGAGAGGCGCGGCCCGGGAUCCGCGGAGGAAGAAGGCCAAGUACGGGUGUCCCGGCCCGGCGACCCCGCAGCACGGCCGCUGGGGCCCCCCGAACCUGCAGCGGCUGAUCCAGAGGCUGGCGACGUGGAGGCGGCACCGGGAGCGGCCCGAGAGGCCGGAGGAGAUCCCGCUGCUGGUGCUGCACCGCGUGCAGGGCGCUGCCUAGGCCGGCCGCGGGGCCCGCG